AUGCUGGGCAUUGAAGCUCUAGCUAGUUUAGACGUUCGACAGAGUGGUACAGACAUCUCACCUAUCGGAUAUGAGUUUACGACUGAAACAAUAUCCCCGACAAGUAUAACUUUAGUACCAAUCCUUAGAUCUGGAUUGGGAAUGCUCGAUGCCUUACAAACAGUACUUCCAUAUCCCGUCUCCGUUCAUCACCUUGGUCUGUUUCGUGAUCCCUUGUCCCUUCACCCCGUCGAGUAUUACAACAACCUUCCAUUCACUCGUCCCAAUUCUUCAACAGCACCGGAAGGCAAUCCCUCUGCAGCAAACUUGGCUAUCAUCCUAGACCCUGUCAUCGCUACAGGUGGAACGGCCGUAGCUGCAAUCCAAACACUCAAGGAAUGGGGUGUGCAAAGGGUGAUCUUGAUCAGCGUACUGGGAUGUGCAGGCGGCGUGGCCAAGGCCGCUGGGGAAUGGCCCGAAGCAACAGAAGUCUGGAUUGGAGGCAUCGACGAAGAGCUGAACGAUAGAGGAAUGAUUAGACCUGGAUUGGGCGAUGUUGGUGACCGUUUGUUUUUGACCAUUGGCAAGUAA